UGACUCUAAUAAAUAAAACAGCUGACUAAACUUUUUUGGCAUUUCCUUAUCUGCAAUAAAUUUAUUGUUUAACAUUUCGUCGGACAACGCUUUAUUUGCAAAACGUUAAGUUUACAAACAUUGUUCAAGUAGCAAGUUAAUUAUAUACCAGUACAACGGAUCCUGUAUUGCGCGAAAUGAAGCCAACACCGGCUGCCGAUGAAAUGUUCAGCACGGAUAUGGAAGAGGUAUGUUUACCGAAGAAGAUGAGACAACGCAUAACACAGAUUUAUAUAUCUGCAUUACAGUCGGGUAGCUCCUCAGGUCUACUAAUUGAUUUGCCAACUAAUGAGAAGCAGGUGCAUGCCGACUUCUACAACGAUUUCGAGGAUUUAUUUGAUGAUGAUGAUGAUGUGCCAGCAAAGACUAUUGGUUAACUUGAUAUCAAAAAUUCAUUUUGGAAAUUAUGUUAAAUACCUAUAAGUAAAUACUUUUAAAUAAUAAAACAUUCAUUUGAAUUUUCAA